AUGCUACUUCAAUUUUUCACUAUACUCAUCAUUCUGCUCAGCGUAAACUGCGGUGGUGGUGGUGGAAAAGCCCCGGCAAAGAAGCCGGCGAGCACCCCGCCAAUCGAAGAGGCGCACGUAGACGAACAGCCGCAGAAGCCGAAGCCCAAAGAAAGCCGCGAGGGCAAGAGCAAGGAGCCGAAAGAGAGCCAGGAUGGUGCCUACGAGGACUACGAACUUCCCGCAAAA